GUGCGGAACCUGCGGCGGCCGCUGGCCGUUGGCGCGGCUUGGGCGGUUGUCUUGGAGAAGCAAGAUGGCGGCGGCGGCGGCCGCGGUGGUGCCGGAGGAGGACACGGAGCUGCGAGACCUGCUGGUGCAGACUCUGGAGAACAGCGGGGUCCUGAACCGCAUCAAGGCUGAACUCCGAGCAGCUGUGUUUUUAGCACUAGAAGAGCAAGAAAAAGUAGAGAACAAAACUCCUCUAGUCAAUGAGAGCCUGAGAAAGUUUUUAAAUACGAAAGAUGGCCGGCUGGUGGCUAGUCUUGUUGCAGAGUUUCUCCAGUUUUUCAAUCUUGACUUCACUUUGGCCGUUUUUCAGCCUGAAACCAGCACAUUUCAAGGUCUUGAAGGUCGAGAGAAUUUAGCCCGAGAUCUAGGUAUUAUUGAAGCAGAAGGUACUGUGGGUGGACCUUUAUUAUUAGAAGUGAUCAGACGUUGUCAACAGAAAGAAAAAGGGCCAACCAAUGGGGAGGGUGCACUAGAUCUAUCUGAUGUACAUUCUCCACCAAAGUCACCAGAAGGCAAAGCAAGUGCUCACAGCAGUCCCAGUAAGAUACCGAGGUAUAAAGGACAAGGUAAGAAGAAGACAAGCGGGCGGAAGCCUGGCGCCAAGAAGGCCAGUAAUGAUGCUAGUCAGAGUGACACGAGUGUCUCCUCGUCAGAACCAAAGAGCAAAAGCGGUCUCCAUUUGCUGGCCCACGAAACAAAAAUUGGAUCUUUCUUAAGUAACAAAAGUCUAGAUGUCAAAGACAAAGCUGGUCUUUGUCCAGAUGAAGAUGAUAUGGAAGGGGAUUCUUUCUUUGAUGAUCCCAUUCCUAAACCAGAAAAAACUUACGGUUGGAGAAGUGAACCUGGUAAGCAAGCAGGAAGCCUUGCAUCACUCUCUGACGCGCCCCCCUUGAAAAGUGGACUCAGCUCCCUUACCGGAGCCCCCUCAUUGAAAGACUCUGAAAGUAAAAGAGGAAACACAGUUUUGAAAGAUCUGAAACUGGUCAAUGAUAAAAUUGGAUCACUUGGAUUAGGGACUGGAGAAGAAGAUGACUACAUUGAUGAUUUUAAUAGUACCAGCCAUCGCUCAGAGAAAAGUGAGCUGAGUAUUGGUGAAGAGAUCGAAGAAGAUCUUUCUGUGGACAUCGAUGACCUCAAUACCAGUGAUAAACUUGAUGACCUGACACAGGACCUGACUGUGUCCCAGCUCAGUGAUGUUGCGGAUUAUCUGGAAGAUGUUGCAUAGAUGUGAAAGAAGGAAGUCUUCUAAUCAACAAAGGACAAAGGACUCUGAUCAGUUCCAUUUUUUUUUUUUCCAAUCUUUCUUUGCUGGAAUGUCUGCUCCCUGUUGGUGCCUUGUGUUUCAAAAAGACUGCAGAUAUUUUUUAAAAAAUUUAAGUUUUCAUUAUACUAAACAAAAGCUUCCUACUUGAGCCCAUGUGUGGAAGAUACAAUAUUCUUAAUUUAGUUUGGCUACACAUUUCUCUGUGGAAGUUGAUUAUCUACAACUCAAAUUCAUUACAAGGAGUGAACCCAUGAAAAUAUGCGUAUUAAGAGCUAACUGAAAGGUGUCAAUAAAGCUCUAGGUUCACACAGCUCUGUGUGUGUGUGUGGCUUUAGCCAUCCAGACUCCAAGCGCAUUUAUUAGGCGGUUGUGCAGAGAGUUGGCAAAGUGGCCUGAAGCUUAUCACCGAAAGAUUUGAUAUGUCAGCUUUAUUUUGUAUUUCCUUCCAUGUGGAAGGGUUGUUAGGCCAGUAAGCUUUUAUUAAAUACUCCUGUGUGUGCUAGUAUUGCUUGUUUUGAGGAAAUCUGGAGGUCGUUUUGACUUCUAAUCCACGAAUUGUCGCUGCCCGCAACCGUUGCCUCCCGUCCUUAGGAGAAGCUGUUGGUCACAGGCUCUCGUCUUUAUUGUUGUAAUUUAUUGUGUGUAAAGAUGCCUGGAAACAUACUUGAUACCAGAAUGCAUCUGAAGCCACCAAGCAGUGCUUUUAUUUCCAGUCUGUAAAUUGAUUGUAUUAAAAUCCAAAUUGGACUGUCACAGUAGUAGUGGCCUCAGACCACACGCGGAGUGCUGGGCUUUGUGCGCUGUCCGUAUUUCCUUGCGUCCCGUCCGGAUGGAGCCGGUGCUGGGCCUCGGGCAGCCUCGCUCCCUCUGCCCGCGCCGUGCUGCUGUCCCGGGGCGGGGGCGGGGGGUCGCUGGCCUGCACUGCUGGGGGUGCCGCGUGUGUGUUCCCAGGACUGUAAGUGAAGCUGUGAGCGUGUGCUACAUUUUGUACUUUUUUAUUUGAAUUAAAUUAUGUUUUUUUAUUAAAAGUCACCUUUAUUAAUAAAGAGUAAGCUAGACCUA